AUGUAUCAGAUUGUCCCAGUAGCUCCUGGGGAGCAGCAGCUGCCUGGAGAAGCUGGUGGUUCACCCCUGAAAAAGAAACUGGGCAAUGAGGGCCGCCCUCUGGUGUUAUCAGGCAUGUUGGGCUGUGUGUUGGUUCUGGCUGCUGUUGUUGCCUGGUGCUACUACUCAGCCUCCCUCCGUAAGGCACAGCUGCUGAAGACUGAGCUGUUGGAUCUCAAUAAAGACGGAUUCAUCAUUCAUAACCAGGCAGGAGCUGUCCUCUUCAGCAUGGCCUUCAGGUGAGUUCAUGAAACAUGUUUUGACACAUUGACGACUUGGAAUUUUACUCUCCAAUUUGAAUCUAUAUUUUUUGUAUAACAUGUUAAAAACAAUUUACUAUAAUUGAUCACAUCACAAAACCACACUUCACGCUUUGACAGCUUUUAUGCUGUGUAGAAAUUUGAAUUGUUACGAAUAAAAAAGCUUGUUAAGUGUUGUUUGUAAUGAGGUACUUUCUCUUCUAAUAACUCCCUGCACUAGAUCUGGCACCCUGGAUCUGGACUCCUGCUCAAAGGAGGGCAACAUCCUGAGCUGCACUCAGUCUAAUUCUGGAAAAAUCAAUUUCUUUAUCCAAACGGUCCGACUAAAAAACACAGUGAUGUGCUACCGUGUUCGCUGGGAGGAGCUGCAAGACAAGUGCCUCGUGGAGCAUGUCAUGGCCUACAAUGACUCUCACUGGUAUGGAGGGGCGGAGACAGCAACACAGUACUGGCCUAUUAGGAUCCAGGGAGAAGAGGAACCACAGCCCUUCAUCACAAGCGAUGUGUAUUCGAAUCGAAAAGCUUUUGGAGGGAUCCUGGAACGCUAUUGGCUGUCCUCUAAUGCCACUGCCAUCAAGAUUAAUGACACAGUGCCGUUUCAUUUGGGCUGGUCAGAGAGAGACAGGACUCUCCGGUUUCAGGCCAGAUAUGAGGAUUCUCCUUUCAGACCACCUGAGGGUCAGCCGGCCUUUCCUGAGCUUAGCUAUAGAGUGUGUGUAGGGUCAGAUGUUACCUCUAUUCACAAAUACAUGGUGAGUAUUGACAAACAGAGGAUUCUAAUAUAAUGGUAAAAGCAAACUAACAGAUUUGAUAAUCCCCUGAAAUUUUUGAAGAUUUUUUUUUAUGUUGAAGUCAAACAUCAAGUACAUUGCAUAUGUCUACACUUAGUGUAUAUUUAAAAAAAACAACUGAAUUUAUUCGCUGUUUUUUCCCCUGCAGUUGUAAAUUGUUAGAUUAACACAGACCACUGUUUAAAUGUUACAAACUCCAUCUGUUAGCACCUUUCAACACCAUUAAUGUAUCAAUUUGCACAAAGUAAAAGUGGUGUUUCUAUGGGGUUAGGACUGUAUUUUGUUCCCAAAGUACCAAGCUAACCAUUCCCCCAGCUUCUUGUCAUUUUUCUUAAUUAGCUUCUUUUUUUACUGCACAACUAACACAAAUGUGUGUUUUUUUUUCUGCUAACCUAACUUAGAGACCAAAAAUGUUGACCCCUGUGUACUAAGUCUGUGCUCUUCAUGAAUGUGUUAUGUUCAGGUACGUCGAUACUUCCCAAAGCCCAUCAAGGCUCCGUCCCCUGAGGUGUUUAAAAAACCCUUGUGGUCCACUUGGGCUCUCUACAAGACAGCUGUGACUCAGGAGAAGCUGCUGCGCUACGCCUCUGACAUCACCAAACAUGGCUUCACGUGCUCUCAUCUGGAGCUGGACGACCGCUACACAGCUGAUUAUGGAGAGUUUGACUUUGACCCACAGAAGUUCCCGAAUGCAAGCGGGAUGUUUGAAAAGCUCAGAGAGGAUGGAUUUCAGGUGUCUCUCUGGACUCAUCCCUUCAUUAACUAUGACUCCAUUAAUUUUGGUGUUGCUGUGGAAAAAGGACUGUUUGUGCGGGAGCCGAGUGGUGAGCUCCCGGCUCUGGUCCGCUGGUGGAAUGGCAUUGGAGGAAUCUUGGAUUUUACCAACCCAGAAACCCGUGAGUGGUACUCCUCACACCUCCGUUUGCUCAAAAGUCGCUAUGAUGUGGCUUCCUUCAAGUUUGAUGCUGGAGAGACAAGUUACCUCCCUCGCCAGUUUAGCACCUUGGUACCAUUAUCUGACCCUUCGACCUUCACCCGCCGCUACACUGAGAUGGCCAUCCCGUUCAGUGAGCGUGCAGAGGUGAGGGUGGGUUACCAGAGUCAGAACAUCUCCUGCUUUAGCAGGAUCAUUGAUCGAGACUCUGUGUGGGGAUAUGAGCUCGGCCUCAAGUCUAUCAUCCCCACUGUUCUGACUAUCAGCAUCCUGGGCUACCAGUUUGUCUUACCUGACAUGAUUGGAGGAAAUGCUUAUCCUAACCGCACUGCAGGUACGGUCCAAAGCAAAGAGUCAGAAGUUAAUUCUGUAAAUGAUAUAAGUGUCUAAUAUCUGUGUUGUGUCUCAGGUGUUUUAGAUGGAAAAAAUGGCCUUCCUGACAGAGAGCUGUACAUCCGGUGGCUGGAGCUGUCUGCUUUUAUGCCUGCCAUGCAGUUUUCCAUACCACCAUGGGCCUAUGAUAAGGAGGUGAGCAAUGUCCUGUCUUCAUCCUCUUCACCUCAACAGUUUGCAUUUAAAAUAUUAUUAUGUUUGCCCAAAUGAAAGAUGUUUGUGGUAAUUACCUCUGCCAAGGAGGUUAUGUUUUUGGUAGCAACUUUACGGAGAAAGUUACAGACGGAAGAUACAAGGAAGUGUACGCUUACAAAUAUUGCAUAAUAAAUCAUGCAUUUAUGUAUCUAAUAUGAGCUUUGUUGUUUUAGGAACAUUAUGAACAGUGAACAUACCAGUUUAAACACUAAUAAAAUUUAAUAAAAGACACAGAACAAUAAAAGUUUUGGUGUGAAUCACAAUAUAAGGGGGGACAUGAGCUGCUUGGCGGAGGUCUGCGCUCUCCGAGUGCUUUUCUAGUUUAACUUGCCUUUAGUAAUGACUGUGUGUCUAUAUAAGCUUAGCAAACAAUAGAAAGUCAUGUGAAUACUCCCCAGCAGUUUUUUUCUGUUGUUUUUUUGGAAAUCUCUUAAUCCCUUAAUCACCUGUUCUUAACUUGACUGUGAUUUGCUGUCAAAUGAGGGACUGCAGACUCUUUCUUCUGUUUCUGCCUUGUAGGCUUUUUUGUACAUUUUUUUACCCACUAGAUGCCAUAAACAUUAAACUUUUUUGUGGCAUUUUUAAACAUGUAAUAUAUACUUGUAGAUCUCUUUUACAUGAUUUAAUGGGAUUACUGAACAGGCCAUUACAGGAAAGCAUUUUUAACGCUCUUCUCUGGUACAGUUGCGCAAUUAUGGAAAACAAAUUAACCAGCUUGAUGAUUAUUUCAUUCUUCCCUUGAACAUCUGCAGGUGGUAGAGAUCGCACAAAAGUUCACAGAGCUCCAUGAGACUCUUGUGGCCCCACGGGUGCUGGAGCUGGCAGGCGAGGUUCUUGACACAGGAGACCCAAUUAUACGGCCCCUCUGGUGGAUCGCGAAUGAGGACGAGGCAGCGUACAAGAUUGACUCCCAGUUCCUGAUUGGAGACGACCUGAUGGUGGCUCCGGUGUUAGAGCCGGGCAAACAAGAGAGGGAUAUCUACCUGCCAGCUGGACGAUGGAGAAGUUAUAAGGGGGAGCACUUUGACAAAGGCCCCAUGUACCUCACUGAUUACCCUGUGGACCUAGAUGAGAUAGCUUUCUUUACAUGGGUUCACUAA